GUAACAAUUGAUUUUUCAAAUGUCAACAAGAAAAAGUUAGUUUAUUAUUUAAAAAAGAAACGUUUUAAAUAUGAAGAAAUUAUUUUCUUAUACGACAAAAUUGGUUUAUUGAAAGAUAUGAAAAAUUAUAAUUUUUAUAAAGUUGCAAAACUGUCUUAACCUAAAAUGUGUUUAUUCUCGACGAUGACGUUCAUUCAAUGUCUGUGUUGAUGAUGACAUUCCUUCAUUUCCCAUACAAAUAAAAAUAAUCAUGGCUUCUCCUCGUCCAAAAUCACCUCGUCCACCUAUUUCGGCAAAAAAAGAUGAAAAAGAAGAAAGUUUUUGGGAUAAAAUUGGCACACUUGGUCGCAAGAAACGUAUCAAAGAAGUUCAAGAGGUACAGGAAGAGGGAAAAUAUGCCAUCGAUUCACCAGGAUGUGCAGCAAAUCCUGAAUUACCACCUGAAGAAUAUAAUCUUGAAGAAAAUGAAGAACGUUCAAUGAUUGAACCAAAAUCAUUAGAAGAUUCAAAAGUACUUGAACUCGUUACAAUUUUAAUUGAUUGGAUUAACGAUGAAUUAGCUAAUCAGAGAAUUAUUGUGAAAAAUAUUGCUGAAGAUUUAUAUGAUGGUCAAGUUCUUCAAAAACUUUUAGAAAAAUUAACGGGACGAAAACUUGAUGUGCCGGAAGUAACACAAUCCGAGGAGGGUCAAAAGCAAAAAUUGGAAGUUGUACUUCACGCUGCUAAUCAUGUUCUGGGACGUUAUCCACCAUAUAAAUGGAGCGUUGAGUCUGUGCAUUCCAAGAAUAUUGUCUCUAUUUUACAUUUGUUGGUUGGAUUAGCACGACAAUUUCGAGCGCCUAUUAGACUACCGGAACGAGUUGUUGUUUAUGUUGUUGUUGUAAAAAAGAAGGAUGGACAAUUAACUCAUAGAACCGUGAAAGAAGAGAUUACGUCCACAUACGACGAUGUGGGAAUGCGUUGCGAGAGAGAUGCUUUUGAUACUUUAUUCGAUCAGGCUCCAGAAAAAUUGGCCGUUGUUAAAAGGUCUUUAGUAACAUUUGUAAAUAAACAUCUAAGUAAAGUUCAUUUAGAAGUAACAGACUUGGAUUCUCAAUUUCAUGACGGAGUAUUUCUCACUUUACUAUUAGGACUUCUUGAAGGAUUUUUCGUACCCCUGGGAAGUUUUCAUUUGACUCCAAAGAAUCAUGAUCAAAAAGUUCACAAUGUUGCGUUUGCCUUUGAGCUCAUGCAGGAUAUUGGUUUACCGAAACCAAAAGCAAGACCAGAAGAUGUGGUCAAUUUAGAUUUGAAAUCAACUCUUCGUGUUCUUUACAAUUUAUUUACAAGAUAUAAAGGAAUCAAUUGAAAGAAGUCUGAGUUAUAUCGAGAAGAAAUAUACUAAUAUUACUAAUUUAAAAAAAAAAAACGUUUUAACGCAAGAUAAUGAAAACUGCCAUGUUUGUAAUAUUUUAAAAAUCUACGAAGGGCCAAUUAUUUGCCAAAACAGUAUCCUUUAUUUAAAAUAAUUUUUAAUUGAAAAAAUAAUGGCCUGGAAUAUUCGUUUAACACAACUACUUUUAUUAACCGCAAGUGUCUUAUAACAGGAAUUGUCAAUGAUUAUAGAUUUUUAAAUUACAACUUUAAUAAUGUUUUAAUGAAUAUAAAACUUUUUUAAUGGAAUUUUAUAAAACUUUUUAAUGAACUUUUAAUGAAUUUGAUAAAUUUUAAUGUCAGCUCUAUAAUCGAAUUGUUUUUAUUAAUAUAGUUGAAAUUUUAUAGAAUUAACAAAUUUACAUGUAGACAUGUACAAAUAUACUCAUAUACUUGUAUUUAUUUUAUAGAAUAGAAUAUAUAU